ACAGCCAGGGUGGGAGAACCGACCAAACCAGCGCUCACAAGCGACAGCACCACGCCAGAGUGAAAACGAGGCGGGGGAUUGGGAACACUGAAUACAGAGAUAGCGUACUCGAGUCGCGUACUGGAGCAGCUAAGAUCACUGAUAUAUCUGGAGGAAAAGUUCCGCACAAAACAAACCGCCGUUGGCCAGCUUAUUCUUUGAAGAGAAAGAAGAUACCAUUAAAAAGUCUAGCUGAUCCUCAGUGAGAGAUGUGGAUCCCCCAGCCCUCCAAUGCUGAGCACCAAUAGAGGUCAAAGGUCGACACGGUUAGAAGGGGUCAACACCAUCAUGGCUGACAGAGAUGGGCAUGGCGGCGGGGUGGAUGUGCCCACCAUCGCCCCAGGCCAGGUGUACGUGGAGGUGGAGUACGACUAUGAGUACACGGCCAAGGACAAGCUGAUCUCCAUCAGGCAGGGGGAGUGCUACAUGCUGGUCAGGAAGACCAACGAGGACUGGUGGCAGGUGAGGAAGGAGGAGGGGAUGAAAGCCUUCUAUGUCCCAGCACAGUACGUCAGGGAAGUGCGCCGGGCGCUCAUGCCCCCUCAGAAGCCCCUCGUGUCGUGCGGGAUUGGUGGGGUGAGUGGGGCGUUCCGUGUGAAGCCUACAGUUCUGGAUAUAUGCAGAGCAUCCAAUGAGAACCUCAACAACAGGCCGCCUCAGGAGAUGUCUAGUUUUGGGCGUCCGUCGCCCUCCUCCACGCCGUCGCCCUUUCCGGUGCACGUCACCCCGCCCGCUCUGCCCAAGGACGCCAACCAGAACCCGGGUAGCCCGCGGCACAUCAAGCCCCCUGGUGUAGCCGAGCUGGUGCUCCUACACAACAACAAUAACCAUCACCACAGCAACAACUCCACGUUACCACGGAUGCGGGCGGACUCUCCGCCUCCCAGGGCCCCUUACAACGACCAUAAACGCCACCAGGGAAGUGAUGAUACAGAACAGACCCCCUCCUCUUCUGGCGACUCCCCGGGGGAGGGGUCGGAGACGCUCCGGAACGACUCGGAGUCCGGAGACGACCUAAGUAGCAGCUCUGCUGAACACAUGCAGACGACGUCUCCGGCGGGGCAGGGCCGGCCCGAGUCCCCUGUCUACACCAACCUCCAGGAGCUGAAGAUCUCCCAGUCCAGCCUGCCCCCCCUUCCUUCAAGCUCCCCACUGCAUGUCCUCGGUGACUGGGAGACCCACAAGGACCUCACCGGCAGACACUUCUACUAUAACAGAGCCUGCGGCGAGCGCACGUGGAAACCGCCCCGCGUACGGGAUGCGAGUUGCAGUACCAGUAGUAGUCGGGGAGACCCCCAUGGCACAGGAGAGAUGGAGCCCCUGUCUUCCGAGGAGAACUGUCACAGCAGCACCUACUCCAGUCAGUCGGACAGUCAGUACGGCACGCCCCCUAGAGGCUGGUCGGAGGAACUGGACGAACACGGACACACCCUCUAUGUCUGUGAAUAUACUCAUGAGAAGUGGAUAAAGCACAUGGACGAGCAGGGAAGGCCGUACUACUACAGCGCUGAUGGGUCCAGGUCAGAAUGGGAGCUACCCAAAUACAACUUGUCUCCUCCCCAGCCAGGCGAUCCCCCCAAGAGUCGUAGUCUGGAGCGGAAACAUCCAGACCCCAUCGUCCUGACCAAGUGGAGACACAGCACCUACGUACUAGACCUCAACGACAAGUUCUCUUUCAAAAAACUCAGGCGCUUUGAAUCGAGCCAUCACAUGGGGAGAUCUGGUCGCAAUCUUUACCGUGGUAAACCCUCUGAGAAGUGUGGAGUCCUCAACGUCACCAAAAUCACUGAGAAUGGCAAGAAAGUCAGGAAGAACUGGACAUCUUCGUGGACAGUACUCCAGGGCUCCUCACUGCUCUUCGCUAAAGGACAGGGGAGUGGCACCAGCUGGCCGCACUACCGUAGUGGCUCCAUCCCUGAGCUGCUGCUCACUCUGCUGGCCAACUGGAAGCGUUCGGUCAAGCCCUGCCCAGCUGUCUCCUAUGUCCACUCUGUCCAUGGGCGUGCCCCAGCUGCCACUAAGUUUGUGGGUAACCAGUCGAAGCCGGAGUUCACUGUGGAUCUCAGAGGGGGGUCAGUUGAUUGGGCAUCCAAGGAUAAGUCCAGCAAGAAGCACGUCAUUGAACUGAAGACCCGUCAGGGGACGGAGCUGCUGAUCCAAUCAGAGAUUGACAGCGUCAUCAACGACUGGUACCGAGCCCUGACAGACACCAUCAGCACACAUGCAUGGGAGUCAGAUGAGGCCAUAGAGGAGGACAUGCCUGAGUCCCCCGGGGCAGAGAAACAAGACAAGGAGAAGGACCACCGAGACUCCAAGAAAAACAGAGCGAUGAAGACGUCUAUAAGUAUGGACUCCACUGACCAGAAAAAGACUAGAGUGAAGCUGAAGAAAUUCCUGACCCGCCGACCCACCUACCAGGCCGUCAAGGACAAGGGAUACAUUAAAGACCAGGUGUUUGGCUGCAGUCUGAGCAGCCUGUGUCAGAGGGAGAACACGUCAGUGCCCAACUUUGUCACCACGUGCAUCGACCACGUGGAGACCACAGGUCUGAGUAUAGAUGGCAUAUACAGAGUGAGUGGGAAUCUAGCUGUGAUACAGAAGCUGCGCUUCGCUGUGAAUCACGAUGAACAGUUAGAACUGGAGGACAGUAAGUGGGAGGACAUCCACGUCACCACGGGAGCCCUGAAGAUGUUCUUCAGAGAGCUGCCUGAACCACUCUUCACCUACGACUCCUUCAACGACUUUAUCAACGCCAUCAAAUGCUCGGAUUACAAGCAGCGAGUAAACUUAAUAAAAGACUUAAUCAAGCAGUUGCCAAAACCGAAUCACGACACAAUGCAAUGCCUCUUCAAACAUCUCAGAAGGGUGAUUGACCAUGGAGAGGCCAACCGAAUGACGACCCAGAGCGUAGCGAUCGUCUUCGGCCCUACCCUGCUCAGACCUGAGACCGAGACUGGGAACAUCGCUGUUCACAUGGUAUAUCAGAACCAGAUUGUUGAGCUCAUCUUACUGGAGUAUGAGAACAUCUUCGGCAGGUAGAAAAGAAACACCUGAUGAAGAGGAUGGUCUGGUGACUGGUCGAACCCAACACUGCUUAUUUUUGUGACUCAAACAUUGCUGCUGUGGACCAAGCAAUUUAAAGAAAGAAAAACAAAAAUGUAAUUAUUGUUCAUUUGAUAAAAAGAUUAAUAAAGGAAGCUAGUGAACGACUUUGCACUUACCCUUUUGAGAGAGCUAAGUAUGAUGUAAAUAAAUACAGAUUUCAUUCACUUUGGUUACAAUGCCUGCUGUGAGUAGCAGGGCGGAUCCAUUGCUUCAGGAGGAGGGUGUUGAUUGGUUGGUUUGUUGGUUGGUGAGCUGGCCGGAUCGUGUCUUCAUUGCCGUGACAAUGGACGGAGUGCAGUGUGAAUGGCGUGGAUGGAUCUCCCUUGAUGUGAUGUGAUCCAGUGGAUUUGAGUAUUCAGGGUAUAACUGUUUUACACUGGAUUCCUAUGGCCAGCAUUAAGAACAGACAACAUACAACAAGAGCUUGGUGAAUAAGACUUUCAAUUGUUUUGAACUGGAGUGGAACUGAAGAAGAGUAUUAUGGGAUACAUUCAUGUGGCCCGCCGGAGUGACUUCCUCCUUUCUCUGAUGACGUCGAGACACAUCAGCCGGGCACAGCCCACUCCAGAUCAUUCAAACAGCAACAACUACCCACUGAAUGAAUGGCUGGGUGGUCUCUCCCUCAAUGUCAAAUCAAUGGAAGCCCAUAUCCUGCUACUACCAUGUGUUAUAGUAAAGACCAAGCUUGGUUGUGUGUAUUAAGACUACUCUCAUUGCUUUGUGUUGGAAAAAAUAUUACGCUUAACCUCUGAACUGUAUAUUCUCAGUUUUGUGGAACAUUGACCAUGUUGUGGUGACCAUAUUACUGCCACACCUGCAGUCAUGAGUCAUGACCACAGUAAAAUUCCACGUGACAAUUUUGUCACAGUAAUCUCCUUUUGUGCACUCUGGACAUGCUUUGGUAGUACCCAACUUGCUAACUACCAUCUGGUCCUAAUGGCCUGGUACUCUGGGCUCUAUUGUCCCUCUAACCACUCUGACCUUAAUGUAAAUGACAUUUAAAUAUCACAUCAAACACUUAUCAUCAAAACAGCAGGCCUAUACAGUGUAAAACUCACCUCACUGUGAUGAUCAAUUUGAAGAAAGAAGUUCAACAGCCGGUUGAAACAUUGUAGAACAUGGUUGGUUUGGAUGUUGUUUCAAAGCUUAACACAACGAAAUGGCCACCGCUUUCAAAGGUGAUGAUUCAUUCUAAACAUCCAUAUGCAUAUUAGAGCUUAUGCAUAUUCUAAUGAGCCCAAGCCCCCCAAAAAUAACUGAAUAAAAAUGAUGAUUUUGCUGUUAUACAAUUCAUAGCCUACCACAUAUUACCAUGGCAGAAAAACAUAAAACAAAAGUGAUUUAAGAUGUAUUUGGUACAUAAUUGGUCUAGCCUUUUGAGUGUGGACUGUAUUAUUAUGUAUACUGAAUAGGACUGGUUACCUAAUGCUAAGCUCCAACAUGUAUAUCCAUGAGUCUGGGAGAGAACGUGUUGGUUCAUUGAUUGGGCAGGGCGGUUUAGCCUACAAUUAUUGAUUUUGUAUUUGAUUUUGAAUAGCCUAGUAAUAGGGAUUUUUUUUUACAAAUAUUUAAUAAUUCAUUGGGUGACACAUUACCUUUAGCUAUACAGAAUAUCUCACCACCAUGCAUUUCCAUCUCCUCUCUCUUCUUUAUUAAUUUCUCGAGCGCGCAGACAGUUUAGGGAAAUAUGUUUCGUUGCGAUGUUCCCGAACAGAUUUCACUUGGUUUACCAAAUCACUAGGUAGCUGCAGGAACAAGGUUGGAGACCCAAUGCCAUACAGUGUUUGGGCGGAAUGUCACCUAUCGGGCAGCGAGAGAAUGCUCCUCAAACAGUGGUUGAUGCGUGUAGAGGAAUAAGUGUUUUUAUUUGUUUCUCAGCUGCUCAUAUUAAGCACAAUUCCGCUAUAAAAAUCGAAGUAGCCUACAAAACGGACCGUCGGGAAAGCGCGCUGCCUCCGCUGUUCAAGUGCGUACAGAUGACAUGUCUUUUUCCCCCCUGUUCCUGUUCCUGCCCAUUUAAUAAUGGGCCAUUCUAAAUCGGAACUAAUUUGAUAUAUUGGUCAAGACAAGAUUAAACUGAGAAAUAGUCUGAUGGGUGAAAAUAUAAGCACUUGAUGGGAGAACAGCUGUGCAGUCUGAGGCAAGGAACAGAGCAAGCUUUUCUCCAAUCAUCAAUCAUCAAUUAGUCGCGUCAUGCAGCCCAUACAUGUUUUGAUUUCUAAGUCAUUCUAAGGUUUGUAUCAUUCACAGUUAAAUUUGCCAAAUAACUCUAAAUCUAGCAUAUAGGACCAGUUUCAAAUGAUCACUUUUAUGCUCAACAUAGACAUUUCAUAUGCGCACUCGCGCCGUAAUGGGAAAUAUAUUCAUUCUAUUUUAUUCAGCUAAGUUCAAUUAUACUCUUCUUACUAUACAAUCAAAUAAAAUAAUAGCAUGGGACUUAUAACCAUAUAUUGUCAGCUAAUUGGACAAGCCUAUAGCCUAUGUCAUAGAGCAUAGCCAGAUAACUAAAAUAUAUUUUCUACAUAUAUUUCUUUAGACCUGACUAAAUUAAAUAAUGAAUUUGUGAUGGUGUAUAUUAAAUGUAUCUAUUAGGCUUUUUUUAAGUGUCGAUGUUCCAAAGGCAUGCAUUAGCCAGCGGCUUGUAGGCUGGAGGCCUGGAGAUGCUAAUUGAGUUGUAUGUUAAUUACCGGUCAAUUACCAUGAGACGGGGCAGUCUUUUGCUUGAUAAUAACCGGCUGACAAAAUUUCAUGACCGCCACAGCCCCUACCUCUGACUUCUAUGAUGUUAUUGUAUGUGCAGCAUAAAGCCCCAGUGGCAUGGAUGAAUACAGAAUCAGUAUUAAAUAUGGGGUCCCUUGGAGGGGACCCCUGGAUCAACUGGAUGGGACAUUACUCAUAUGUAUUGCUUAUAUUUCCCCUACUUUUAUAAUGACAAAAUAAUUCACCAUAAAAUUCAUUCUCGGGAAAUGAACUGGCAGAUCUACCCUUUGACCUCAGUGAAAUCAUCAACAGUGGUCAGUAUAUCACAUGACUGGCUUUGGGAAACAUCCAAACAAACCUGUGUUUGUUGGGCUUAAACAGUAAAUAAACUGCUUUAUGUUAUGAUGAACAAUAAGCUGAAGACUCGUUAUGUCCCAAAUGGCAUCCUAUUCCCUAUGUAGUGCACUACUUUUGCCCGGGUCCCAAAUGGAUCUGAUCAGAUCAAAUGUAGUGCACUAUAGAGGGAAUAGGGAACCAUUUAGGGUGUAGCCUAAGAUCUUCCCUAAUGUGUACAGAUGUGUGACAUUGUGAAGUCUAAUGUGCUUGGUAUGGUAGGCCUCUGCUAGUGACAGGCCUUCAUAUUUGUAAAGUGGACAUGUAAGUAAAAGUGUUGAGUGGCGAUUUUCUCCCUCUCUUCCUUUCUUCUCUUGUGUCAUGGAGUUACUGCAAACAGGAUAAGAGAGAUGAGGAUGCCAGGGAAUAGCAGUCACCCCUAGCAUUACUUUUUCAGAUCAAUUUUUGCAUCCCAAAUGGCACUCUAUUCCCUAUUUAGGCCUGCUUUAUAAUCCCUCUGCUUACCUAAGCUAAUAUGAACUGGACUGGGACUAGAGAGAAAAUUAUACUGGAAAAAUAGUAUUACAUUAAAUUAAAAUUGAUUGCAAUGGAAGGUAGAACGCAAAAAAAGUCUCUGAAUAUUAUGUACAGCAACCUACAUUAAAAAAUGGUCAUUGUUCAAAGUCCCUUAUAGUAAUUCAAGUAUGUAUGCUUUGAUGGUGAGUGGUUGGUUCAAGUGAAAUAUCGCCACAUGAUUUUGUAAAUCUGAAUUGUCCACAAGAAUACAUACAGUAUUGAUCCUUACAAAAGAGGAAGUGGUUUUGAAAGUGUAUCUGGAUUUUGGCGCAUGGUCAGUUGCACAUUUUGAAUGUACUUUUCAGACCAACUACUGUUUGUGACAUUGUUAUGUCUAAUAAAAAAAACAACUAAAUGG